GUCACCAUCCUCUGCAUCGACCUGGGCACCGACAUGGUCCCCGCCAUCUCCUUGGCCUACGAGGCGGCCGAGAGCGACAUCAUGAAGCGGCAGCCGCGGAACCCGCGCUCGGACAAGUUGGUCAACGAGCGGCUCAUCAGCAUGGCCUACGGCCAGAUCGGGAUGAUCCAGGCCCUGGGCGGGUUCUUCGCCUACUUCGUGAUCCUGGCGGAGAAUGGAUUCCUCCCGUCCUGCCUCGUCGGGAUCCGCCUGCGCUGGGACGACCGCACCAUCAACGACCUGGAGGACUCCUACGGGCAGCAGUGGGUCAGUCUGGGAGGGAG